AUGGCGGCCAUCGAAUCCAUCUUCCAAAAGUAUGCAGAGCGCCUCAACCGCCGACUUCCCGGCGAGAACAUGGCGAAGUUCUCGUCUUCUGGACACUCAUCCUCUCAGCUUUUGAAUUUGCCAGCCGGCUUCGAGCACCUAGAAGUGUCAAGUGACGUGAACAUCACCAUCCUUCACCAAAUUAGCGACGCUUUUACAGGCGACUUGGCUGCGAUUCUCCUCGUGCGGAUUUCGCCCAAAAGCGUCUUUCCUGCUUCAACCGCCACUGCGGUAAUCGAAUUCCGGCGACACGUUUUCUGUCAAGUUCAGGGCACCACUAUCUCCAACAUCAUGAUUAUAGACGAUGUCGAUGCGUUACGCAACAGCGAAUCGCAGGCGGUCCGGCCCCCAAGCUGGAGCGCUAAAGCUUCCCCUCCAGGGUUCUGUCUCACUGAGGCGUACCGCGCAUACUUCAACUGCGUCUCCACCAGGACCAUGGAAGAGAACCUGUCGAAAUUCACCCAUGACCACAUUACGUUCAAUGAGCAUUCUGUAACCCGUGAACAGUACAGAGGGGCCAUGGAAGAGUGUCACGAUGUCAUGGCGGAUUGCAAGAACACGCUCGAGAAGCUUAUUGUUGACGAGGAGAAACAGCAACUUGCAGCCAGAGUGGUAUUUGAGUGGACACCAGUUAAGGCUUGGAAUGGAAUAGAGCCAACGGGUAAAAGAGUCAAGUUUACAGAGCAUGUAUUUGUAUGGUUCGACGAGGGGAAAAUGCACACAAGUAUCACAAUGUUGGAUAUGGAAGCUUUCAAACAGCAGAUGAGACUGUCACUUGGCAUUCGCUGUGGAACUUGGAUCAGUUGGUCUAAGCACCGGAGGGCGUUUCGGAACCAGCACUGGGCCUUUGCUGCUAAACCGGACAGUCUCGGAGCAUCUCAGCGUUCAACGCUGGCCAUUCCCAUAUUUGAGCAUAAGGUCUCAGAGCAAGACCUCGUCGGCAAAGUGGCAAUCGUGACUGGUGCUUCGCGCGGCAUUGGGCGAGGCAUCGCCAUUCACCUCGCAAGCCGUGGGGCGAAUAUCAUCGGAACAUGCUCUGUGCUAUCGUCCUUGGGCAAAAUCGAUGAUUUGAGAGCCGAGAUAGAUUCCCUGUACAGAAAUUCCAACCAGAGUUCUGCACCACAGAUUAAAGGCGUGGUUGCGCCUUUACUGGAGCCUCGAGAGUACUGCAGUGCCAUCGUCAAUGCCGUCAAAGAGUAUGGGAGUUUGAACAUACUUGUGCAAAACGCGGCGGUCGUAGAGGUCGCGCCAGUGGGCACGAUCACCCGGGACCACAUUGAUCGCUUACUUACGGCCAAUAUUGAAGCACCUGUAUUUCUCGUGCAAGCACUUCUCCCGUACUUCCGGCCAGAAAGCCGAAUCAUCAACAUCUCUUCCGAAGGAGGCCGCGAUCCUUCCCCAGUUGCUCUGGUUUACAGUGGUUGCAAGAGCGCUAUUGAAUCGAUGACUCGCGUGUGGGCUGACGCUUGUGGGACAAGGCCUGGGAUGGAGAGGACUACAGUGAACUCAGUCGCUGUUGGCAUUACGCAAACCGAAUUGGCCUCACAAAUGCCGGACACCCCUGAGAUCCGCCAGUUCCUUGAGGCAAAGGAAACCGCAUGCAGUGUGGAAAAGAGGUUGGGGAGAGUCGAUGACAUAGCUGAAAUCGUAGGCUUUCUGUCAUCCGAGAAGAGUCGAUGGGUCAGUGGGAGCGUGAUCUGCGCAAAUGGCGGUACUGUCAAGCCACGACGAAAACAUCUCCAGAUGGGCUUUCACGAGUUGAUUGUGUACCAAGGUCAUCGAAUCAAACUAGAAUUGAACAGAUCCAUCGCUUUGUCUGGACUGAACGGAGAUGAGCAAAAGCCUGACAGAGCUGACGGGCUGGAGUGA